AGAUGUUACGCUGCCGUUUACGGGAUGGUCGGAGGACGAAAAGUCUUCACAUGUGAAUUCUAUGAAAAAAUUGAUGCAAGAAGAUCACCAGUGUAUUCGCCAUAUGUCAACAUUUACAUCAAGAGGGCUUCUUGUGCAUUAUCAGACAACCAUUUAACAUCUGUCGAUAUGAUUGACGCAGACGACUCAUCUCUAAAGCGACGAACAAAACACGAACGAGAUGCAUACAGAUAUAAUCCUUUCACUGGUUAA